AUGGGUCAACCAUCUCAACAGGCGUCCAACGCCAUCAUCUAUACAACUUACGCGGCAUUCCUUGUCUUCGGUCUCUUCGUUGCAUGGACUCUGCGGCACCAAACGAAGGGCGAGUAUCUCGCUACUUUGCGAACACAGAAGGGCAUACCUUUGGCCCUCAACUUCAUCGCGUCGGCUCUGGGCUCAGGCAUAUUAUUUUCAUACCCGCAGAUCUCCACGAUCGCGGGUGUCCAGGGCCUCGUGGUUUACAGUCUCUCCUCAGCUUUACCACUUCUUGUCUUUGCCUAUCUUGGACCCAUUAUCAGGAGAAAAUGUCCCGAGGGAUUUGUACUCACUGAGUGGACACGCCAGCGAUAUGGAGUUAUUGCUGCCCUAUAUCUCUCCGCUUUGACGCUUAUCACUCUUUUCCUCUACAUGGUCGCUGAGCUCUCUGCCCUCCAACAAAUCAUCAAUGCCCUCACCGGACUCAAUGGGCUCCCCGUGGUGAUAGUGGAAUGUGCCGUAACCACGAUCUACACUUCCCUGGGUGGCUUCAAAGUCUCUUUUAUUACGGACAACAUUCAAGGCGCCAUGGUUGUAGGGCUGAUCAUCAUCGGAUGCAUCACUGUCGGCGUAGAAACUCAUAUCAGUCAGGACUUGAUUGACAAGAGUGGAUACCUGAAUGCGAGCUUGUUGGGCUGGCAAUUGGUCUACAUCCUGCCAGUGGCCAUCUUGACGAAUGAUUUCUUCAUUUCGGGAUUUUGGAUGAGGACGUUUGCGGCGAAGACGGAUAAAGAUCUGUGGGUUGGAGUGAGCAUCGCGACGGUGGCGGUCGCCAUCAUCUUGACUCUUUGUGGCGUGUCUGGGCUCUUGGCUGGAUGGUCUGGCGCGCUGGGGGAUCCGCCUCAGCAGUCUUCGAUCGCCUUUUUCCUGUUACUGGAACAACUUCCGGCCUGGGUCGUGGGGAUCGUGGUUGUCAUGACGGUCGCUUUGUCCACUGCAGCAUUCGACAGCUUUCAAUCCGCCAUGGUGAGCACCGGGUCUAACGACAUCUUUCGAAACAAGUUGAACCUAUGGAUUCUCCGUGCCACGGUUGUGGUGAUUAUUGUCCCGGUCGUCGUGGUGGCAUUGAAGUCCCCCUCGGUGCUACAGAUUUACUUGAUUUCCGACCUCAUCUCGGCGUCGUCCAUUCCUGUAUUGGUUAUCGGGCUCAGUGAUCGAUGUUACGCCUGGCGCGGGUUUGAAGUUGUAAUCGGGGGACUGGGUGGUAUAUUCACCGUCUUCCUGUUCGGCCUUGUUUUCUACAAGGGAGACGCUAGCGCGGCAGGAGCUCUCAUGUUGCUUGAAGAAGGCCUCUACGCGGACGAUUGGUCCGCGUUCGGAGCGUUUGUGGCUGCGCCAGUUGGUGGGCUUCUGUGGGCACUUGGCGCGUUUGGAUUGAGGCUCGCUGUUCAGUGGUGCAUCGCGAAGAUUCGAGGGACAAAGUUCGAUGCGCUGGACAAGCCCGCGGUGCCGACAGCGAGCUUUUACACUGGGAGAGUCAGUGCUGCGCCGGGCGAUUCAGAGAGAGAAGUCUAUGCUGAUGGAGACGGGGUUGUGAGGAGCCAAGUCGAAGUCAAGGGCAAGUUCUUUUGA